AUGACAUUCACAAGACGAUACCUGACGGUAAGAAGAACUUCAAAAUGACAAUGAUACAAAUGUAUCUGGCGAUUUUUCUGACAAUGGUACCAAUCGUAACUGCUUUACCAAUACACUCUUUGACACGUGACAAUGUCGCUAAACAUAACAAGAACCAUCUCAAGGUUGUGAAAUACCUGCUGCGAUAUGGUUUUUUACACGCGAAACCCGACGUGAGAAAUCUUUCUCAAAAACAAACAUCAAACGUGGCUGCAACUAUCAGCAAAAAGACUAAAUAUUCUUCCACCGAUGACGAGAUUUCAAAUGGAUUAAAAAAUUUUCAAAAUUCACUUGGUUUAAAAGACCCAGGAGAAUUGAAUGAUGAGACGAAAAAACUUCAUGUUCCUCGAUGCGGCGGCGUAUCUGAUGAAGGCCACGAGAAACAGUUUCAACUGAAAGUGCACCAUCGCAGCAAAAGAUACACGAUUUAUCACAAAAGCGUCAAUGGUUAUAAAAUUUUUAAAUGGUCUAAGAAACUCAUCACAUGGCAAAUCUACAGACCCUGGUCGGGGGGAAGCAUUUCAAAAACAAAACAAGAAGAAAUUUUUGAUAAAGCGUUCAAGCUAUGGGAAUAUGCAUCUCCAUUGAAAUUUGAGAAACGAAGCAAAUGGCCUGAUAUUAUUAUCGAGUUUCUCACGGGUUCUCACGGGGAUCAGAACCCAUUUAAUGAUGGUCCUGGGGGAGAAUUAGCUCAUGCAUUUCUUCCUGGAAGCUCAAAAGAUGGGGAUAUUCAUAUGGAUUCCGCGGAAAAAUGGACAGAAACAACCAUGUAUAAUGUCGCUGUCCAUGAAAUAGGUCAUAGCUUGGGCCUGGGGCAUUCCUCGUACUAUGACAGUAUCAUGUACAACAGAUACUCAAGAAAUGGUCUCAUAACCAGUCUGCAUGAGGAUGAUAAAAAUGGAUUGAACAAAAUUUAUGGUGACUGCCAAACAAGGAUUGAUGCUACAAUGUCUCUGAAAAAUGGCGACGUCUAUUUCAUGCGGAAAGACUUAGUAUGGAAAUUUGACAGCACAAGUGACCGUGUGCAUGUUGGUUAUCCUAAAAAGAUUAAUGACGAAUUCCCGUCAGCCUCUGGACCAAAAAUACCAUCAAAUCUUGAUUGUGCAUCACGCUAUUUGGCAGAACAGUCUAACAAGGAUUACUAUCUCUUUGUCAAAGAUGAUAAAGUUUACAUUUAUGACAUGAUAGCAAAGAGAAUUACGCUUAAAACGACCUCUGAAUUUUGGCCUUCACAUGGCCGAGUACCAGGGAUACCAAAGAACGUUUCUGUAGUUGUGUCUAUUGCCGAACACCCGUCAUCCGGAACGUGGAUUUUUCAAAAUGGAUUAGCUUGGGAAUAUGAUAAUUUUAAGAUAGAAAUACGUCAAGGAAAUCCGAUAAACGUAGCAAAUUCACACUGGAAUGGACUACCAAAUGACGUUGAUGAUGGAUAUUAUGAUGAAGUGCGAGAUAAAUUUUACUUUUUUAAAGAUACCCAGUACUUUGAAGGGCAUAUGGACAACUUUUUUCCAGAAACGCGCUCGAAAGCCAAGCCCUACAUCAUCUCACGCGGUUAUAUUCAUAAAAAGUGGAAAGGAAUUUGUUCCGCUAAAUAUAAUAAUGAUAAAAAGAAUUAAUGACAUGUGAAAAAGCGAAUUAGCCAUAUCCAAGUCACGCAAACCUUCGUCAUAGAACAAAAAACAUGAAAAACAUUUAAUUUUAAUGGUAUUGUCAUAUUUUUGUUCCUUGUUGUUUGUGUGGAUACUAUUCGUGUUGAAAAGAUUUCUGUUUACACAGGACAUUGACCAUACAUGAUGCGUUUCUACCCAUGUAAGUUUUUUAGGCGUUGCAGACAGCUGUGUAACCAUGACAAUAAACACGAAUAUUUAUCAGGACAAUAAUUUAUCUCGUGCUGUGUUAUUAAAACGAAGAGUAACUAGGUUUUGUGUUAUUACACUUGCAAUGAAAUGUAUAACAAUGCAUUUCCUAGAUAAAAAUAAUAAU